GUCCGUCUGAACUUUGUCACCAAGUGGUAUCUCGUGCCCUCGACGCGCGGUUGCAGCAAGUGCUUCAGUUUUGUCUGUAGGAAGGAUUUUUAGCAACAUCUAACUCAAUAUGGGCAGCCAACAGGUUCCGUCGCUCAAAGCGGUCACAUGUAUCGUGCUGUUCCUGUCGAUAGUGUGCAGUCUGGUGGCGGGUUCGGCCAUGCCACCGCUUUGCGAGAACAGACUGAUCGAAGAACUUCCUCCCAAGUUCCGCAAAGUGUGUGCCGCACUGGAAAACUCCAACCAGUUCGCCGAAGCACUCAAUGCGUAUAUACGAAAGGAGGCUGCUGGUAAUGCUUUUCUCUAUCUGGACGACGACAUGCUGGUGCCCGGGCAGAACGGAAAGCGGACGGAUGUGGACCACGUGUUCCUGAGGUUCGGCAGAAAGCGCUAAGCUGCAGUUGCCGGUGCGUGCACGGGAUCCAGGACGAACCGAUCAAUUUCUCAGUCUGUAACACGCUUUGGACUUUGGAUGCCCCGGGAAACGACGACGACGACCAAUCGACAUCGUGUAAAUUGUACGAGCUGAAUCAUUGAAUAAGUGUAUUGAGGAAUCAUGGAAAUUUAGCUGUAGCUGUAUUUGAGCAGAGCAAAACUAAUAUGUUUGUGUUUUCUUCCAUUCUGUUGUGUCAUACGAACUGAACCUUCCAUUCCCAGACAGAGUUGCGGUAAUAAAAAUGUAAAAUAAAACAGUAUUGUAGAACAACCAGAAUUGUCUAAAAUGUACCAAAAUAUA